AUGCCUCUGCUUGUUGGCAAGAAAGUCCUGACACCACACCUCCUCUCACCUCCCAUGCCACCUCCACACCUCCAUCCUUCUGCUGUCCUAUCUCCAUCUGCUCCGAUACUCACCUUGGACCAAACACCACUCCUCUUGCCACCCUCCUCCUACUCCUCCCCCCACUCCUCCGCUUCCUCCUCACAACACCUCCACCCUUCCAUCAUUCUCCUACCCUUUGCCCGUCCGCUCCGAUACUCACCUUCGGACCUGACUCCUUUCCUCUCCUCUACUCCUUUCCUCUUUCCUCUUUCCUCUCUCUUCCCUCUGGCCCUCUUCUGCUGA